AUGGAUGCUCUCACAUUCACUGAGGAGUUCGCCAGCACUGUCCAGGCAGGGAGGUUGUUCAAGGCUUUGAUCCUUGACGCUCCGAACCUUCUCCCCAAGCUGAUACCUCAGGCCAUUAAGAAUAUUCAACUGGUUGAAGGCAAUGGCGGCCCUGGAAGCAUUCAGGAGAUAACCGUUGCUCAAGGUGCUGACAUUAAACACUUGAAGCACAAAAUUGAUGCAUUAGACAAAGAGAACUUCACAUAUAGCUACAAAGUGAUCGAGGGAGAUAUCCCAGAAAAGAUCGAGACGAUUUCGCAUGAGAUCAAGAUUGAACCUACUGCAGAGGGAGGUAGCAAGGUCAAGAAUGUUACGAAGUAUCAUCCCAAACCAGGUGCUGCUAUCAAAGAAGAGGAUUUCAAGGCUGCUAGGGAAGAAGCCUUGGGUGUGCUCAAGGUAGUGGACGCCUACCUUGUCGCAAACCCAGAUGCUUAUGCUUGAAGUGAUCUUAUAAGGCACCUUUGCUUUAUUACAUUUACAAUUAUAUUAUGAUGAUGUACUUUCAGUAUGGCCUUUAGUUUACUUUGAAGCCAAAUAUCAUUUGGCUAAUAAUAAAAUUAUAUGUAUGAGUUACUAUGUUUAAGUUAUAUCAUAUGGCCUUUAGUUUA